AUGGUCGGCAUCACGCAUAUUAUCAAACAGGGCGCAAGUAUCAAUUAUAAAGACUUCCGCGCGCAACAUGAAGGCGCUGUUACGGUGUUAGAAUGGUCGAGGAACUGUGAAGGAGUAGUCCUGAGUGGCGGCGAGGAUGGAUAUGUGUGUGCAUAUCAUGCGACAUUUGGAUGCUUUGGAAGACUUUAUUCUGGAUCACCUUCGCAUAUCAAGGCAAUUGCGUGGAAUCCAAAUAGCUGCGUUAUUGCGGGAACGGCUGAGGGUUCAAUACACGUUUGGCAGACAGACCUCACUCACAUUGAAAACAAUCCUCUACAUUGGUACAAUGUCUUGGACGUUCCACACCACUGUAUUCAGGGAACUUUACCGAUCAAAUCACUACAUUGUGAUAUGGUAUCUAACUCGGUAAUCGUGGGAUAUGAAGAUUCAACUCUAUUGAAAAUAUACGAUUUACGCGAACUGGUUUGUGUGGCAAUGCUAGAAGAUGGCCAUAUCGCAAAUAUUAGUUACGUUGAGUAUUACGAGAAAAAUGUAACUACUGGUAAAUAUAAUCCAGAGAUUUCAGCCAGAAUAUUACUCACUGGGGAUGCAAGUGGAAAACUAUGUCUAUGGAACAUAGCUGAACGGGACAGUGGCCAGGUCUCUUCCAUAAAGCCAUUACGAGUUUUUGUUGAUCACACGACCGAAAUCACGGCAACGUUCAUGGAUGACUAUAAGCUGAUUAUCGGCAGUGCUGACGGCAAGGUCACUGUUUGGGAUCAAUUAACUGGAGAGCUGAUCCGGCAGUUUAGUACGGUAACUCGGAGGUCACACUAUCGUUCAGCACAAGCAAGAGGAAUCAGUGCUCCAUUUGCCAUAAAAUGUAUCUGUUGUGAUGAUGAGAGGAUUACAGUUGCUAUGGGCAGGACAAUAAGAACAUGGUAUCUGGCUUCGAAGGAAGGAGCGAAAAAGGGAAGACAACGACGAAAAAAGCCUGCAUUAUCAUCAACAUCCAAAGCAUUAGCGCGGUUAGAAUUUCAGAACGACGUCCGGGAAUCAACGCAAUUGCUUGCACGAGAGCAACGAGACAGGGAAGAGCGCCGACGACACUUGGAACGAUACAUCCCAAGUAUAGACUUUACCGAUGAAGAGAUGAUGCAAUACGCAAUAUUGUUGUCUACACCGACCGAGGACGAAGACGAACAGAUAUCUGAGGCAAUUGCGCGUUCACUAUCACUUGAAAACAGUUAG